GGAAGGAAGGUCCUGACCAAAAUGUCCAUCCACCACCAGUGCUGUGGAGACAACCAGUUUGAUCAGCAAAGCCACUGCUGCUGCCUCGUCUCUCAACCAUCAUACAAACUCAUCCCUGAGCCUCUCAAUGCAAGCUGCUGUGCUCCUGCAAUCCAGAAAGCGCUACAGCCUCCCCCAGUGCAAACUGGUCAGCCCAGGAGAAUUUCUCAGCGUUCUACAAACUGUAUGCCUGGGGAGAAACCCUGUGGUCAAGGUUCCUGCUUUAACCCAACAACAGAGCGUUGCUGUGUGAACCCUACAUCUCGCCAGGGGCAGCGUUACUCUCGUGACCAGACCUACAGUGAGGGAACACUCAGCCACACCCCAGGUCACCACCAUGGUGCUAGCUGUGGCUCUCAGGUUUACAAUCCAGACAUCAAAAUCUGCUGUUCCGGGAAGCUGUCCAAUAGGGUGCUUGGAAAGAACCUGUGCUGCGGUACAACUCCGUAUGGUGUAGAGGACCGAGGGGUGCUGUGCUGUAACCAGACCUUGCACCAUGUGGUGGAGAAUGGGUACCAGUGCUCCCCAGGUGGUCACUUGUAUCUGCCAUCCCGUGAAAUGGUGUGUGGGUCACACGUUCAUCUCAACGAUCCAGGCAAACACUGCUGUGGAGAGGAGACAUACGACCCUCAGGAUGAAAUCUGCUGCAAUGGACACAAACACCACAUGUUGGGAAAUGUGUCCUGCUGUGGAGGGAAGGCCUACGACCCCAGCAGUGGACAGAUGAAGUGUUGUGCAGGGACUCUGUACAACCUGCAGGUUCAGGACAGGAUCUCAGAGGAGGCCCAGUGCUGUGGGAGUGUCCUGAUGGAGGCCGGCUCCAUCCAGACCUGCUGCUCUGCCCCAGGGCUAGACCUGCUCUACCCUACCCAGCCAGGGUUCACCUGCUGUGGGCAUCGCUACCCCAACGCCUCCCUGUGGUCUUGCUGUGCGGGGGUCCUGCACCCAAGGCCUGAACCACACAACACCAGCAAGAACAUGAUUCCAGGACCCAGGCUUCUACCACUGGGGGGUUUGAAGACGGAAGUCCUGUGUCACACCGAAGUUCUGCUAGGGACAGUCGAGAGUGUGUCUGUGAAGAUGAAUGAGCGGUCCAUCGUGAUGUUGAACACCAUGUCUGUGCAGGCCUCGCGUGGCCAUGUCAACGCCCUGCCUUCCCCUCACUACGUCACAUUACCCAACCACUGCAGCUCCCCUGAACUGGUGCCGGGCAACACUUACAUCUGGGUGAAAAUACCUUUCUCAGACACCAUAAGAUUAAUCUCUGAUCUCCUCGAUCAUUCCUCCCCUCUCCAUUCCAUCCUUUCCAGGUGCUCAACCUUUUUCUUGCCCAGAGAAAAGCCCUACACAAUGUUUUAAAGCUUUACAGUGUUUGGUUACAAUUACAGUGUUAACAAACAAUGGCGUAAUAAAAACCUUAUCUUGGGUUCUGAUGGUGUACGACAGUUGAACUAAGCUCAUGAGGCACAAGUUAUAUUCUUCCAAAAUCAAUUACAUUUACAUUUGACAUUUUAGUCAUUGGUAUAUAUCGUUCAUUUAGUCCAGAAAUGCAUGUUGCUUUCACAGAUUGCCCCUGUAAGCUAUCAGUAGACAUUUAAGGCAUGUUUGUGAAAUGAUUGUAUCACAUUGUGCAAGGACAGGAAAU